AUGGCGCUGCUCCUAGCGCUCCUACCGUUCGCGCGGCCGCUCCAGCUCACGCCGCCGCUCCAAGUUUCAGUCCUCGAAGCGCCCACGCCUCAGGAGCUGGAGGCAUGCACUUCCUGUAUGGUAGACGGGUUCUGGGCGUCGAAGCGCCUCGACGCGGCGCAGCGCGAGAGGCUGGCCGCGACGCAGUACGCCGACCUGGAGCAGCGCUUCGGCGGCGACGGAUCCGGCCGCGUGCUCAAGGGCUCGCUCGUCGCGGCGGCGGACGGCGGCCGCGUCGUCGGCAUGGCGUCGCUCGAGCUCGGCCUCUUCGACGGCGCCGCGCUGUCGCUGCUGCCCCGCGACGAGGCGGCGGAGAAGAUCGUCGAGAAGAUCCAGGACGUGCCCGCGGCCGCGCGGCGGAAGCCGCUGCCGGAGCUCUGCGUCGACCUCUUCGGAGAGUACGCGCGCGUCGCGCCGCUGCUGGCCAACGUCGCCGUCGUGCCCGGCGCGCGGCGGAAGGGCCUGGGUCGACGGCUCGUCGCCGCCUGCGCGGACCUCGCGCGCGACGGCUGGGGCUACGACGACGUGCUCCUCGAAGUCGAGUGCGACAACCGGCCCGCGGUCGCGCUCUACGAGCGGGUCGGCUUCCAGGAGCUUUGGCGCGCGCCCCGCGCGGCGCUCGAGGUCGACCCGCGCCGGGAGUCGGGGCCGCCCCUGAAGCGCCGGGACAACGUCGACCACGUGGCGAUGCGGCUGCCCGUGUAA